UACACUAGCGACUCUUGUGUUCGGACGAGGCACCACCUUUUGUUUUGCAGCUGCUAUACUGGAUUUCCUGUUGACGACAGAAUGUUUAGGAAAGUGCUGAAAGGUAGAUAUGCUUCCUCUUUUUAUAUCGAUGCGGUUCCCAAUAAGUGGCCAGUAAACACCCUUAAAGCGUAGAUGACAGAAAUAAUAGGAGAACUGCUGAGGUCGCUCCCUGAGAUUUUGUCGUAUGUCAUAUUUUGGCGCAUUCUUCCCAAUUGGAAAGUGUACUGUCUGCGUUUCCUGGACAAUUGGAACUGUUCACUCAACGAGAGAGGGUCAGUUGGUGAUUGAGGUCCUGGGAUAGCCCGAUUUGGAGCAGCAUCUGGAUUUAUAUGACGCUUGUUUCAAUUGAUUUCUCCGUUGAUGGCUGAAGCCUGGCUGGAAGAGGAUGAGCUGCGAGAUUUCAGGGAGCCCGAGAAUAGACGGAACAGGAGAGGACACAUGAACCCAGCCACAGAUCGCUCUGAAAGAAAUAAACCAGAUCAGCACCUCCCAAGUCAAGGACCUCUCUCCUCCAUACGGGCUGCCAUCAAAUCAGCUUCAACAAGAGUUAACUCUCCGAGCGAGCAGCAGAGAGACAGAAGGCGGCCGGAGAUCAGAAUCCUGGCUGUGGAGCCUCUCGGGCCAGGGACUUGGUUUCCAGGGGGUCCUGGAGGCUGUGCUUCAGGUUCGGCUCCUCUUGGCUUUCCCCCUGCCCAUUCUCAGGGCCUCUGGGGGGACAGCAUUCCCGCAUCAGCUCAGCCACCGCCAUCAUAUGACCAGGUAAUCAGAGAGAUUACACAUGAGCAGGUUUCCACGACAACCACGAAUGCCCCCCCUCGACCUUCAGCUGUGACUAUCUCAACGCAGACUGACUGUGAUGAUGCUGCUGAGAGCUCAGCCUCGGGAAGUGAUGUAACUAGCCAGGCAGCUCAGAGUGAGUCUGUUCCUGCUGCUGUGAGAAGACCGCCCAAACCCCCAAGGCCAUCUGUGCUGCCACUGACUAUUAAACCAGCAUCUCUCCUCAUAUCGAGAGAAUCUCCCCUCAUUUCCAUUGAGCCUCAGCUAGUUCCCAGUGAGCAUCUGCUUGUCCCUGAAUCUUCUAGUGUCCCUAGUGAGUGUCCUGUUGUCCACACAAAUGCUGUCUCUCAGCCUCUGAUUAUCUCCACCGAACCACUGAUUGUCCCCAGCGAGCCUCUGCUUGUUCCUGUAUCCUCGGUUGUUCCUAGCAAGUGUCCGGUUGUCCACACAAACACUGUCUCUCAGCCUCUGUUUGUCUCCACUGAAUCCUCAGCUGUCCCUACUGAGUCUCCUGUGGUCCCUGUUGAGCCUGUCUUAGUGGUAGAACCAGCAGCCAAGGAGGGUGUGAUAAUAAGACGGCCAGUACCAAGGCCUCGAUUGAUGACCAGCUUGAAACCUCAAGUCAAAGAAGCACAAAUUGAGACAUUGGUGGAACUUAAAAAAGAAGAUGAUGAUGAAAAUAGUAAGGUUUUGCCUAACAGCAUAGAACAAUCCACUGCAACUUAUCUGCAGGAGCUUUUAGAGUGUUUUUAUCCAGAGGAGCAAAGUGAUACAGACAGUAUGAAUACUUACGGCAACCAAAGAAAUAUCCGUGCUAAAAUACAGGCCUUUGAGUCCCAAACCAGCACAGACAUAAACGAUGGGGAGCUUUCGAAGAGACCAGAAAUCCCGCUCCGCACGCUAGCUCAAAAGCCCCCUGUGGCAGCCUGUAGACCAUCUUUAGCCCCCAAACCAGCAAAUAGAGGAUCAGGGGAAUUGGACACUUUGACAGAAUCAAAACCCGAUCUUGCCAUCAAGGAUGGCCCUGUUUUUGUACUACCAAAGCUGCAGGGAACACAAGUGCCUUUUGGUGGUAAACCAGAACCUCCCAAGAAACCCGUAUCCAAUUUUAUGAUUGAAAUAAAUAAUCGGAAUGCCUCUGGGGACAAGUCACGUUCAAGCAUUAUAAAUAAACUGCAGAACGAAAAAAAGAAGACGCCAGUCCCAGUCCCAAGACCAAAGUUAACCAAAAUAAAUGCCAGCCUGGAAAAUACAGACUUGAUUGAACAGGCAGUGGUGCCAGCUCCUCGACCCUCUGUAUUUCAAAGGGCUAAAGCUAUUGGGUCCACAGGUGAAGCGCCGGAGGUCAGUCACCCCACUCCUCCACUGCAGCUGGCGAAUUCAGGCCUUGACUUCAACAUCUUCAAUAACCAAACCACACCGGCAGUGGUUUCAACUCCAAGGCCCUCUAUUUCUGAAAGGGCUAAAGCCUUUGGGGCCCCAGAUGAGAAGCCCGAAGUCAGUCACCCCACUCCUCCACUGCAGCUGGUGAAUUCAGGCCUUGACUUCAACAGCUUCAAUAACCAAACCACACCAGCAAUGGUUUCAACUCCGAGGCCCUCUAUUUCUGAAAGGGCUAAAGCCUUUGGGGCACCAGAUGAGAAGCCCGAAGUCAGUCGCCCCACUCCUCCACUGCAGCUGGCGACUUCGGGCCUUGACUUCAAUAAUUUCAAUAACCAAAUCACACCGGCAUUAAUUAGCUGGAAUAGUGCAGAGAACAAGAGCUCAGAAGACAUUACUGAUUUAUAUUUCUCCAAACCGGAAACAACCAAUAAUGUGCCGAACCGCCAGAGCAUGCAACGUAAACCUACAGUGAUUAGAACUGGCAAGCCACCAAGCAGAUCCCCCAAUGGUGAGGAUUGCCAGGCCCCUCCCCCCCUCCCUGCUUAUGGUCCUGUGGGUGGCUUUACCGGGGCCAAACCCAAGAAACCCACCAUUGCCUCAAGAGCGGCAGAACUGGAAUCUGGGAUUUCAGGUGAGGGAGGAAGUUCAUUGGCCCGACCACUUAUGCCAAGCAGACCCAGGGAAGCAAAGGUCCUUCCAAUCCGGCCCCCUCCAGCUAAAGGGGGUCCCAAAAGGCCCCCACCUCCCAAGGUUUUGACUCAGUCUCCAUCUCUGUGCCACUCCUCCUCUGUGGCUGGACUCCACUCUGCAGGGUCCAAGCGUCCACAGAGCAUGGUGUUACCAAAAAAGGGACCUGUGCUGCCUUCCAGACCUGGCCCGGGCCACCCCCUCUAUAACAACUAUACACUUGCAGUGCCACAUGGAAUCGCACAAUGUGACUAUAUGUCCAGGACCCCAGGAGAGCUGUCUUUCCAGAAGAAUGAGGUCCUGGUGCUGCUACAGCAGAUCGACAGCAAUAGUUACGAGUGCCAAGGAGGAGACGAGAAGGGGAAAGUACUCCAAUCUCGCAUGAAGAUAAUCACUCCGCUGAAUGCGGACACAGGCAACAUGGGACCACUUAAGAAGUCAUUUAGUUUUGGCAGACUAGAUGGAGAUGGCAGUGGCCUUCGAGGCAGAGUACUACAUGACUUCACUGCAGAACACUCGGAUGAGCUGAUGCUGAGGGGUGGGGACACUGUGACCCAGCUGGAGAAACUGGAUGCAGCUUGCUACCGUGGGACGUGUCGGGGCCGCAGUGGGAUAUUCCCUGUGGACUUCAUUGAGGUUGAAGUGGAUGUUCCGGCAGCAACCAAUGGAAAGAAAGCCAGUCCUUCCCCUGCCUCCAUCAGUGGUCCAAGAUGUGUAGCCCGGUUUGAUUUUGAAGGAGAGCAAGCAGAUGAGCUGACCUUCUUUGAAGGUGAUGUGAUUAAACUGAAGGAGUUAGUGGGCGAGGAGUGGGCGCGGGGAGAAAUGAACGGUCAGACUGGAAUUUUCCCCCUGAACUUUGUUGAAAUUGUGGAGGGCCUGAUCCCUCCCUCUAAACAACAGCUGGGCCAGAAUAAACUCCCUAUUUCAGAAAUAAAUCAAAACAGUUUUGGAGAAAUAAAACGAACACCACACUUUGGCACAUCAUGCAAGGCCAAACCAGAGGUUGCUAGAUCCGGCCAGUGGUGUGAAGCGCUGUAUGACUUUGCGGGCCAGACAAAUGAAGACCUGUCUUUCCUCAAGGGGGAUCGGAUACUGAUUACUGAGAAAGUCGACUCAGAGUGGUACAGAGGGAGGCUAAACGGCAAUGAGGGAAUCUUCCCAGCUAUCUUUGUCGAAGGGCCCACGGAGGGAGCCGUCGGAGCGAAUCCUCAGCUUGGAGGGAGUACAACGGGAAAGGCUAAAGCAUUGUUUGACUUUGUUUCCGAGAGCGAAGAGGAGCUCUCUUUUAAGACCGGGGAUGUGAUUACAGCGCUGGAGUCAAUAGACGCUGAAUGGUUCUGUGGAGAGCUGCACGGUAAAUGUGGUCUGUUCCCCAAGAACUACGUCCAAGUGCUGCAAGAACCGUGAAGAUGCAACUUUUUUGAAUAUUUGAAUAGUUUUGUUUCAGUUGACCUACCUUUAAGGCACGGCUCUCUGAAAUUAAAGCUGAUUGGAAUUUAUUAUCCAAUGCCAUUGCUUAAUACACAAACUAUUUCUUUGCACUGAGCUAUGGAUGGCAUAAAUUACUUUGCAACUGUGUGCCUUACAGGAUAAUUCAGCCUUUCUUUUACAAUUAAUGUGCCUUUUUUCAUUUGACUCUAAACAGAACAAAAUGUAAGUUUAAUUAAUACAGCUAUUCUGCAGUAUUUGUCAUUACAUUUUUUUUGGGGGGGGGGGGGUGUGGUCUGUAACUGACAUAAAAAAAUGAUUAAGAUUGCAAUAUCCAUCUGAAGGUGCUAUUUUGUGCAAUGGGAUUUAAAUUACAAUAUUUGCUUACUCUUCUGAAUGCAAGGCUCUCAAAUAGCUAAAUAUUGUGUAAUGUAAAAUGCCAUAAAAUCUAAAUAAAACAGGUAAUGAAGUGCAAAAGGCAAGCUUGUAUUGAAGAUGACACAAUCCUACCACCUUUUUCCAUGGCAACUGGAAAAGGUUUAUUUGUGCCAGAAUAAGUGUUAGUUAACCUAAACAAAUUUAAUUAGCAUGCUCAACCUUACCAAGGAUCAACAAUCCUUAUUUGGAUCCAGACAUUAAUUUGUUAUGUUAACUAAGGUUGUCUUGGCAAGACCCAACAAUAAACUGUGCAAUAUGUUAUAUAAAAUAAAUCCCAAAUGUUAUUUAUUACUGUGUCCACUCAUACUUAAUCAAUUCUUAGAAAAAUGUGUAGACUAGAAGUCUUGUCAAAACAUUUAAAGGUUUACUAAAUUCUUCAUAAGGGUUAAAAUGCCACAGUGCCGCCUUAGUGCCAUUUGUUUCUGAGACAGCCCUUCGUUGUUGGAUAAUACCAAGUCGCCAAACUUGUAUAUUUUUCACUGGGAUUUUUUCAUUGCAUUCGUCACGAUCUAGCGGACAUGAACUGUCAAUGCACUAAGCAGUGGACCAUUUUAAUAAUAAAAGUAUGUGUCUAAAUGAAAGUGUGAUGCUUCCUUGUUCCAUUUGUAGAUUUAUCACCAGCUAAAAUGUUAAUUACUUGAAUUUGGGUAUUUUUGUAUUUAAUAAUUCAAGACAAGUUAUCUCAUUCAUUCAUCUUUUUCAAUAAACUAAUGGCAAAACAUAUGUACAUUUCCCACCACGUACAAAAACACACAUUAUACAUUACUGGGAUUAUGAAAGUCACUUCAAGUCAGCAAGACACAGACCAAAAGUCUCAAUGAUACAGCAGUGAAAAGAGAUUAGUACAGCCCAUGCUGUCUCAUUAUCCCAGUUAUCAAUUUCUAAGAGAGUGGAUGUUUUAGCAUUGGUGUAGUACCACAACAGUACCUUUGCCCCAAAAUAAAAGUAUUCCAACAUUAGGUAGGUACUACUGUGGCAAGAAUUGAGGCUUACUGGUAAUGCAAUACUCCAUACUGUAGAGCCACA